CUAGUGUCAUGUCAUAUCAGUAUCUACUGAAAUAAUUUUUGUUCAUAUUAUAAAUGUUAUUGUUGAUUUUCUAAAAUACUAGUUACAAUCUAAUUGAAAAAUGUUUCGUGCAAAUAAUUUUGAUAAAUUGCUAGAUAAAGCUACCAGUAAUCUACGCCUAGACCCUGAUUGGCCGACGAUAUUACAAAUUUGUGAUUUGAUCAGACAAAAUGAUUGCACACCAAAAUAUGCAGUUGCAGCAGUCAAAAAGAAAUUAUACUCUCAGAAUCCUCAUCAAGCUAUGUUUGCUUUACUUACAUUAGAAAGCAUUGUAAAAAAUUGUGGUUCUGGAAUACACGACGAAGUGACAUCAAAAGCAUUCUGCGAAAUGUUACGUGAUCUGGUGAAAACGACCCAGCAUGAGAAUCUUCGUAGCAAAAUCUUGGAACUCAUACAGGCGUGGGCUUUUGCAUUUCGAAAUUCUCCUAAAUAUCGAGCAGUUCAGGAUACAGUGAAUAUAUUAAAGGCUGAAGGUUACAAAUUUCCUGCAUUAAAGGAAUCAGAUGCAAUGUUCUCUGCUGAUACAGCACCGGAAUGGGCUGAUGGAGAAGUUUGUCACAGAUGCCGUAUUGCUUUCUCAUUGAUGGUACGUCGCCAUCACUGUCGAGCAUGUGGUCAGGUGUUUUGUCAACAAUGCAGCUCUAAAACAUCAACUCUACCUAAAUUCGGAAUUGAGAAAGAGGUUAGAGUAUGUGAUGCCUGCUUUGAUAAAGUGAGUCGCCCUCCAACUUCAACCGCUAAACUUGAAAUCACUGACACAUCAAAUGAUUAUGGACCUACACAACCACAACGCCCUCCUGGUGGUAAAACUGCUGAGGAACUGCAAGAGGAAGAAGAGUUGCAACUGGCUAUCGCGCUGAGUCAGUCCGAGGCGGAACAUAAAGAGAAAGAACGUAAAUCUCGUCCGCAUAUCGCACCGGAUCCCACGCCUCAUCGUCCUAACAUAUCUCCAACUCCGUCAUCAGUGAGUGCCUCCCCCGAACACAGCACACAGGCCAACGCUGAGCUAUCUCGAUACUUAGACCGGAACUAUUGGGAGCAACGACUGUCGCGUGACACUGCGGGAGCGGCUCCUACCGCGCCGGCACCUGCCUCUACUGCCUCCAACGAUACAGCCGAGGAUUUCACAAAACCGUCGACAGCCAAAGCGCAAGACGACGACGCUGAAGACAAAGAAAUAGAUGAAUUCGUUGAUACGCUCAAGUCACAGAUAGAAAUAUUCGUUAACAGAAUGAAGAGUAACUCGUCACGCGGACGUUCCAUCGCCAACGACACCGCAGUUCAAACUCUAUUCAUGAAUCUGACUACAAUGCAUUCACGCUUGCUGAAGUACAUACAACAACAAGACGACAAACGCGUUUACUUGGAAAGCUUACAGGAUAAAGUGAGUCAGAUCCGCGACAGUCGCGCGGCACUGGACACGCUGCGCGCCGAGCACGCCGCCCGCCUCGCCGCCGCCGCCGAGGCCGCCGAAAGACAGAGACAGAUGCAGAUGGCCGCCAAACUACAGGCCAUGAGGAAAAAGAAACACGAGUACCUGCAGUAUCAGCGACAACUCGCCCUGCAACGCGUUCAGGAACAAGAGCGAGAAAUGCAAAUGAGGCAGGAACAGCAGAAACAUCAGUACAUGAUGUCGACCAACAGUGGCUAUUUCGUGCCCGGAAUGUCUGUGCCUCAGUUCCCCACAGGAUAUCCCAAUCAAGCUAUGUAUGGAGGCCCUCAAUAUCAUCCUCAAAUGAUGCCUCAAGCUACGACUGACGCAUCAGUCCCGAUGCCCGGUCAACCGCAAAUAUCUCAAUCUCAUGCCCCAAUGGGACCGAAUCAGAUGCCGACCGUGGCGCAGUCUAUGCCUCAUAUGUCAAACGCGUACGGGAUAUCGGCGUCUAUGCCUGGCGUCGGCCCGUCAUCUGCAGGACCGCAGCCGCCGAUGAACCAACCUAAUAUUCGCCUGCCGGCAGGACAACAGAUGUCUAUGCCGCAGAUGAUGAUGCAACAAAUGCACCAAAUGCGCAUGCCGUCGCAACCGGGUAUGCAUCAAAUAAUGCCCCAAAACUUUGCCAAUGGACCGCCAGGACAAAAACCAGUUAUGCCGAAUCAACCUCAACAACAAAACCCAAUGAUGCUACCGACUGUCGGUCAACAUAAUCAUCAACCCAUGAUGAACCCAAAUAAUCCAAUGAUUGGAGUGCAAAUGCAAAACAUGAGGAUGCCUUUGAUCCAAGGACAAAAUCCUAAUAUAAAUCCACAAGUGCCUGUUUCGGGAUAUCAAAUAAAUAUUCAGAACCAACCCAACCAAGCUGGUCCACAACCACAAAAUCCUCAGCAACCUCAUCAAAUGGCAAUGCAAGGACCUCCGGUGUCAUUACAGGGGCCUCAAACGAUGCAAACUCAACAAUUGCCCAGUCAUACACAGGGAAUAACUAACCCGAAUCACAUUAAUUCAACAAGCCAAAAUAUGAUAUCUCAAGGACCACAACUGCAUCAAAAUCAGGGUCAAGUCCCUCAGCAAAUUCAUCAGCCUCAAAUGGCAGGUCAUCAAACUAAUCAAGGACAAGCUGUUCAACAAGCGGGAACACAGAUUAUGAUGCAAGGACAACAAAUGUUACCACAGGGUCAAAAUAUACCACAGCACAGUCAAAAUUUGAAUCAGUUGCCUCAAGGCCAUAUACCCGGACAGCAAAUGCAAGGUCAAAUGGCACAACAAAUGCAACAAAUACCAGGAACGGUUCCUCAGCAUAUGAUAGGUCCAACACAGCAAAUGGCACAAGGGCAGUCAUUGCCGCAGAAUAUACCUGUUAAGGUGCAACAAUCAUUUUCUAAUGUUCCACAAGAACAGCAACAAAGCGGAACACCCCAACAAGCUCAGACACCAGUAAAGCCAGAACCAAACAAUAACACUGCAGAACUGAUUAGCUUUGAUUAAAAAUUGAGUAUGCAGAAAUUUGCUAUUAAAUAGGACACAUAAAUAUUUAAUCAAGACUGUGUAAUUGUUUGUUGUUAGAAAAGCUAUGAUGUGACAUAUUUUGAAAUAAAAAAUGAGCGUGUAGAUUAUAAAAAUAUAGACAGAACUCAAAACAAUAAAUUACCGUUUCAGUCUUUUUUUGUAAAAUUACCCUAAGGACAUUGUAAUUUCAUAUUUCAUUUCAAAUAAUUGAAUAACAUUAGGUAUUUAAACUAAUAAUUUCGUCACAAGUACAUGUGUUAUUAGUAGAAAGGAGAGGAAAAUGUUAAACAUACUCUUAGAAAAUAUUGAAUAUCUUAAUUGUAUUUUAAUGGCUUGAAAAUUAUUAUCUAAAUGUAUGUAAUAGUAAGCACUCAUUUAAAUAAUACAUUAA